AAACAAACAGGCCCGGCCAUGACCGAAAGCGCGCUCUCUCUUGUCCUCUCCGCCCCCUCCUCGACGACCUGGGAGCUCGACGGCGCGGUGCCGUUCCAGCCCGACGUCAGCCCGCCUGGCCCGCGCUGCGGAUCCCAGCCGGACGCGGCCGACGGCUUUUCGGCGAGGGUGUGGCAGGAGAGGCUGCCGCACGGGUACAGCGUAGCGCGCGCGGCGGCGGCGUCCGAGUACGACGGGGACGUGCUCGAGCUCUUCCGCGAGUGGGCGCGCCUGUGCGACGAGCACGCGCGCGCGCUCUCUCGGCUGCGCGAGCGGCUCGCGAGGCCCGGCGAGGCUGGCAACGCCGGCGGCGGGUGGGGCCUGAAGUCGGCCGCGCGGCCGCUGCGCCGCGACCUGCCCUACGCCUCGGCGAACGAGGCGUGGCACGCCGUCCACUCGGCGCUGGCGGCGCAGGCGGGCACGCACCGCGCGGCGGCCGACGAGAUGAAGCGGCUGAUCGUCGCACCGCUCAAGGAGGCGACGGCGGCGGCGGUGGCCGAGCGGGAGGGGCUGCUCCGCCCGCUGGACAGGCGGCUCGCGCAAGUCCGCCGCCACCGCGCCGCCGCCGCCGACGAGGCGACCGGCCUCUCGCGCGACCUCGAGAGCUUCCACCGAGCGCACGGCCAGCCCGGCGCGAGCGGCGGAGAGCUCGCCGCGGCGGCGAAGGAGGCGGCGGCGUCGUCGACGGCCGAGUCGCUGCGCAGCCGCGCGCGCGUGGCGCGGGAUGCGGUGGAUGCGGCCAACGGCGUCACCCGCCUCUUCGAGGCCGAGGUGCAGCCGCAGGCCCUCGCGCAGCUGCAGGAGCUCGAGGAGCGGCGCGUCGGCGCAGUGCACUCCUCCCUCGCCGCCUUCUCCUCCCUCGCCGCCGCCAACCACCUCCUCACCCCCACCGAGACCGCCUCGGUCGCCGCCUCCGCCGCCGCGCUCUCUGUCCCGGCCGACAUCUGCCACUUCGCCGCCGCCGCCGCCCCCUCGUGCUCCGCCGCGGCGGACGUGCUCACGCUGCCCGCCGCCGCCGUCGCCCUCGCGCGAGCGGCGGACGCCAGCGACGCGGGCGGCGGCUUCUGGGGAUGGCUGGCGCCUGUGACGCGAAGCCUCUUUGGCGGAGCGGCGCCGUCGCCGUCGGCUGCUGCGACCACUCCGCGCGCUCCCGCCGCCGCCGUUGCCGAUUCCGCCACCGCCGCUCCCUCUAGCGACCCUGGCCCGGCAGCAUCGCCGGCUGGGCCGGCUGCAUCGCCGGAUGGGCCGGCUGCAUCGCCGGCUGGGCCGGCUGCGCCACCGCCGCCCUCGCUCAUCGUCGGCGACGAGGACGGCGCGGAGGAGGCUGGGUGGGGCGGCGGAGGGGGUGCGCAGGGCACGGCGGCAGCGGUGGCGGUCGAGCCCGCGCUGGGCACGCCCCGCGCUCUGGGCAUCUCGCCGAGCGUGCGCCUCUGCUCCCCGACCGGCCGCUCGCCCGCGCCACGCCGCUUCGGCGCCCCCCUCGGCCGCAGCAGCCUCGGCCGCAGCAGCCUCGGCCGCAGCCGCCCUCCUCUCGAGUCGGUCGCCGGCGGGGAGGGCGAAGGCGAGUCGGCUGCAGCUGCGGGAGGGAGUGGCGCGGGCUAUGCCCAGGAGGUGCUCGAGGAGAUCAAGCGCUUCGACGCGACCAUCCUCGAGGACAUCAACGAGCUGCUCAAGGCGUCGAGCGGCGGCGUCGGCAUGACGGAGCAAGAGGUGAAGGACGCGCAGGAGGCGCUCGACGCGUCCGCCGAGGAGACACAGCAGGUGCUCGAGGAGGCGGCGCGGCCAGACGGCGACUGGUUCUACGUCGACUGCGGCGAGCAGCCCGUCGGUCCGGUCGCCCCCGACGCGCUCGCCGCGGCGGCCGUCCAGGGCGCGCUGCACCAAGAGUCGUGGGUCUUCAAGGAUGGGACUGAGGCGUGGAAUGCGCCGCUCAACUCGCCGGCGGCGGUGGAGCGUCCCUCGCUCCUCGAGCUCGCCGCCCUCGGGGAGGCAAGCGACGCCGUCUCCUCCCUCCCCUCCUCGAUCACUUGCUCGGGCCGCCGCCGGAAGCGGCGGACGGGCCUCCCCCGCUGCUCCGACGGGACUGCGCCCGCUGACGGCGUCGUCGACGAAGCGGCUGCCCCAGCAGCCUCGGCGGGAACACUCUCCCCGUCGCCGCCGCCGCGGCUCGCCCCACCUCCGUUGGUGGCAGCCCCUCCGCCACCGCAGCCCGACUCGCGGCGGCAGUCGAUCCGGCGGCAGUCGAUCCGCCGCCGCUCAGCCCUCUUCCUCGACGGUCCCGCCGGCGGAAGCGGUGGCGCGGCGGCGGACGAGCCGUCGAUCAAAGGCUCAAAGAUGUCGUCGGCGCUCCAAGGCGCGAUCCUCAGCUUCGACCGCGAGGCGAAGCUGCACAAGGUGCGACGCCAGUCGUCCAUCGACGGCGCGACGCUUGGCAAAGCGCUGCGCAAGAAAGAGCUGAAGCGCUGGGCGACGGAACCAGCGAUGGGCAACGUCGGCACGGACCACAUCGCGGGCAUGCUGGCCAAGGCCUUGCUGCAGCGACGCGCGCAGUCGCGGGUGUCGGUGUUCGACUGCGACGACGAUGAGGCAUUCGACGAGGAGUAGUGCCGGCGCCUGGAGCGCAUCUCGCCUCGCCUGCUGCCUGCGUCUCGUUGCGGGGCGGCGCGCGCUAUGUGCAUGCACAGAAGGCAUGCUGUGUGCUUGUGGGACGUCGUCCGGGGUUGCGCUGGCGGGUCCGUGGCGGCAUGUGGCGGUUGCGGGGUUGCCGGUUGCCGGUGCGGGGCCGGUGGCGCCCGGUGUGCGUGUGACACUGUGAGACAGAUGUGUUAGUAGCACCCAACGACGGACAAACUCUGAACAAAACAUAUACUUGUGU